ACAGGGCUUCGUGGUGACCUCGAACGCUUGUACAUAGGUUCACCAUCUGCUCGCCAUCACCAACGACGACAGACCACGCGGUUUUGGCGAUACUCUCUUCAUCUUUGAUUUACAUACCUCAGCUGUCUUCCACCGCUGCUCAUGGCUUUCUUCUCGCCGCCCUCAAGCUCAUUCAGCGGCAUCUCGCAGCCGAAGAUGCGGCAGGAGGGCUUCCAUCUACCCUCGCCCUCGCCCAGCUCUGGACAACCACCCUCGCCGCCCCCCGGUCCAUUUGACCUUUUCCUCACCCAUUCUUCGCAUCAUGCGCAUCAGGGAGUGAGUAACGCGAACGGCAGUGGAAAUGGGAACAAUGGUGGGAACGGACUUCCGUCACUCUCCUUGCCGGACGCCUUUUCGCGCUCAAACGCGAUGGAUCUCACCGACGAGCUUGCAAUGUCACUCAUGAACCCUGCAAGCCCCGCGACGUCCAACGAACGGUCAACGCACACUCCGCCUGCACGUCAGUCCCAAAAUCAGGUUGGAGAACAGACGCAUAUGCACAACAUCUUUGACAUCUCCGCCCCACCCUCUUCCCACUUUUCCAGUACAAACGCUGGUGGACACGCGUUUUCCCUUCCGCACGCGACUCAUCGUCCAGAUUUACCUCCGUUGAGCCAGCCGGCAUCGCUCGCGACCUCUCACUUACACGGACAUUACGAUCACCAUCCUGGGAAUUUCCAUCACAAUACGCAGAAUGGGUUUUUGGGCGGGCGCGAUACGUUCCCUGCACAUUUCAACAGCACCAUCCCGCCUCUCUCGAAUCACCAUGAUCCACAUCCCCCUCCGCUUUCACUUUCUGCUUCAGGCACGAACGAUUUGGCCGACCCAUUUGGCCCGUUCACUCCAACGUCUACGAGUAGUAUUCCAGCUCGCGAUAGUGCGAGUCCUCAGCCUCUUGGCGGCGGUAGGAGACGUGCAGGCAGUCGGACUGCUACUGGCGGCAAUAGAUCGCAUUCAAGGAGCCGAUCCCGUGUAAGAGCAAGUGCCGCUAGCUCACAAUCGCAGGGCCAAGUAAGUGGAACUGCAGGCGGUCCGACGCGUACGACAAAGAGCACGAGCCGUCGCCGAGACUCGUUCACUUUACCUCCGCACUUAUCGCAUUCGCAUUCACAAUCGCAUUCAAUGGCACACAAUCAAGCGCACAUGGGCCAUCACUUACACAAUUUACCCUCACCUCCAUUGGGCGGGAGCGGCAGCGCCCCUCGACCUUCGUCCAUUGUCAUUCCGGCACACGGCGGUCCGGGCGGGGCGCUGAGUCCGCUGGGAAACAUGGGCGGACUGGGAAGCGCUCUGAGCCCGCUCGGUCCCGGGCCCGGUCAUAUCAAUGGAAAUGGUAUUGGUCAAGCGAGCGGGUGGUUUGAUGUCAAUGGGCUUAAGACUGUGAACGGUAUGAAUAUCAAUGGAAUGGGAAAUGGGAAUGGCCAUGCUAUGGGUGCCAAUCCCGGAAGUGCACCUACUGGCGCGGAAUACAGCCUUCCGACGCCAGAUAGUGUGGGGCACGGGCCAUUCGGGGCAUUUGGAACAAGUGUCGGAAGUAUGGGCAUUUCCCCGAAGGAUACCGUCACUUCUGCAAAGGAUGAUCCGACUGCACAACUGGAUCCUGCGGCAAAGCAAGCUGCAAUUGUCAAUGAGAAACGCCGCAGAAGGCGUGAAUCGCACAAUGCCGUCGAAAGACGCCGUCGGGACAAUAUCAAUGAGAAAAUAAGCGAAUUGGCGACGCUAAUUCCCGAGGUCAUGCUGGAUCCCUCCGCUGGUGGUUCAUCUGCGUCUGCCGGUGUAAAUGAGGGCAAGAAGGACAAAGAUGGUGACAUGGACGGAGACGGAGACGGAGAUUGCGCAGAUGAGAAAUCAUCCGGUACUUUCUCUAAGCAGAAAGCCAUGAAGGGCGACAAGUUGGAAAAGGAGAGUUCUUCCGGUGGGGUUAAAGCGAAUAAAGGCAUGAUUCUCCGCAAGAGCGUCGAGUAUAUCCGAUAUCUGCAACAACUUGUUGGCGCACAAGCGGCGCGGAAUCGCGCCCUGGAAGCUCAGCUUGCACAAGCAGGUCUCGCGCCGGCACCAUCUUCCCCAUCGUCUGCGACGCACCCCCAGUCUGAUGAGCUUAACGGCAUAUUUAAUACGGAGGGGUUGCACGUGUUCGACGAUCGUAUGGACCUUGGUGGUCUCGGAAAUGGCGUUGGCGCUUUCGCAGCACAGCUUGGAGGACUUGAACCGAUGGCAGAGAUUGAUAUGGAUAUGGAUAUGGAAACCGAGGGAGCUGAGAAUGGUUUCACGCAUACUAAUGCUAACGGAAAGUACAACACUAUCGCUGGCGCGAGCCCGAGCGAGGCGGACGAUGGUGACGAGCACGACCACGACCACGAAAACGAGCAAGAUCAUGAACAAGGAUCUCCUGAAUCUAUAUCGGACGCAUCUUCACUGCAGGACCGCCGGGAUGUGUCCUCGGAUCGCUCAGAGGAGCACGGUGUUGGAGCUGGCGGCGAAAGAGAAGAACGUGGCAGACGAGGGCGAGAUGGGAAGAUCCCCAUACCAGCGCCGAAAAGUCCCACCGUGAGCUCCAGUCUGACGGGGCGAGCAAGGCGACGUUCAAAACUUGUUGCGGUUAAAGAAGAGGGUGCUGGAAUGGACGACUAAGCCCCCAAUCCGCAAGUUAACAGUCAAAAUAAACAGAAAAGUGCACUGUAUGGCACGUCUAUGGAUUAUUUAUUUCGUUCUCCUACAGUGCCCAUCCGUCCUUCGUGCUCACUCUGGGCUCGGUUACGACGCAGCGCUGCUAUAUCCAAUAACUACCUCUUUCCAAUUUAAUUAUUCGUUUCGUGCUUCAUACUUAACUCUCCUCUCUAUACAUGUGGUCCUGCUGAUCCAAGUUGCUGAGGAGAUCCCGGCCCAUUUGUCAUCUUUUCUGCCUUUUACAGUUGCUCCACAUUGUUUUACUGACCCUAUGCCAAACCUAUCAUUGUCCUUUCCCUGCUCGCAUUUUCGUCUACAAUUCGCUUUGCCACACUGCACCUAUUUUUCCUGAGGCCAACUGUUUACAUUUACAACGAAUUCCGACGGGCUGUAUCCA